CUUCUGUGCUCACUUUGUCACUGUGUGUUUGUAGUUUGUUCACUUCAGCCGCCUGCAAGUUAAACCGCCGUUCCUCUCGGAUACAGUUCCUCCACUUCGAAGUCAAACCUCUUUACUUAUUUUUCUUUCGAGAGGUUUAUUUUAUUGUGAAGAAGCUCGACGAGGAUUAAAAAAAAUAUAUAGAAGAAGGCAGUAGUCAAAGAAAGAGGAGAAUAAAAAGUGACAAACCUGGAGGAGGAACAGGGCGUUCAUACUUCGAAGUAACCAUGGAAGUUCCUGGUAUGCAGAGUACUCAGCUCGAUCCAGAGGAGCUGUUCACUAAAUUGGAUCGCAUUGGAAAAGGAUCUUUUGGAGAGGUCUUCAAAGGAAUCGAUAAUCGCACUCAGAGCGUCGUCGCCAUCAAAACGAUCGAUCUGGAGGAGGCCGAGGAUGAAAUCGAGGACAUCCAGCAGGAGAUCACGGUGCUCAGUCAGUGCGACAGUCCGUACAUCACCAAGUACUACGGCUCCUACCUGAAGGGAAGUAAAUUGUGGAUCAUCAUGGAGUAUCUUGGAGGGGGCUCAGCACUCGACUUGCUGCGGGCGGGUCCGUUUGAUGAGUUUCAGAUUGCGACCAUGCUGAAGGAGAUCCUGAAAGGGCUCGACUACCUGCACUCUGAGAAGAAGAUCCACAGAGACAUCAAAGUUUGUUGUCAAGAAUACAAAAUCCCCUGUGUUGUCUGGGCGGAUAUUUGGUCGCUGGGCAUCACGGCCAUCGAGCUCGCCAAGGGGGAACCGCCGAACUCCGACAUGCAUCCAAUGCGAGUGCUCUUCCACAUCCCCAAAUCCCCUCCUCCAACACUGACUGGUGAUUUCUCCAAAAGCUUCAAAGAGUUCACAGAGGCUUGCCUCAACAAGGACCCUUCUUUUCGUCCCACAGCCAAGGAGCUGCUCAAACACAAGUUCAUCGUCAAACACUGCAAGAAGACGUCCUAUCUCAGCGAGCUGAUUGACAGGUACAGGAGGUGGAAGGAGGAGGACCACAGUGACAACAGUUCAGAUGACUCUGACAGUGAAUCUAGUAAUAAGGAAAACAACGAGUCUCCAGAGUGGUCCUUCACCACUGUCCGUAAGAAGAAGCAGGACAAGUCAGAUAGCAGGACCAUCCUCAAUGGAAAUGAUCAGAUGAGUAAAUCUGCCAGUCUCACCACAGUCAUCUCCCCCGUCUUCACAGAGUUGAAGCAACAGCACAAGGAGCACUCUGAGCAACGGUUGGCCAUCGAGGAGCUGGAACGCAACAUUCGAAUAGCUGAAGAUAUCUGUCCAGGCAUCACGGACAAGAUGGUCACGCAUAUCAUUGCCAGAUACACAACAAAUUGAAAGACGGACGGAUCGACCCAGGAAAAAGAAAAACCAUGAAGAGAGAGACUGUGUUUCCUUUACGGUGACGCUGCUGGAUGAUGAAAACGAGGCAGAUUUGCUGUGCAGUAUCUGCUUGCUGUACACACACAUCUCAACACACACUCACACGCAUGCACGCACGCACACUACCAAUGUAAUAUAUACACUAUAUUAUACAUAUACAUAUAUAUUCCCUGCUGCUGGUUGAAAACCUUUUAACUCCCAAUGGUUAAUUUAAAAAAAAAAAUCCACAACAAUAACGAAAAUAAAAUCUGAUGUAUAGCUUUUAUUUCUGAUCUGCCUUUACCAUAAUGUGCCUUAGUUCUUUUUGUUAUCAGUCAUUUUCUACAUUUUCUGCUGUCACUUGUUUUCUUAAGAGGUUUUUGUAGAAAUGGCUCACGAAGGAAAUGUAAUACCAAAGAAGGUUCUCGUCCAUCAGCAGUGGUAUGUUUUUGUGUCAUGAGUUGCCUGGAGUCUGUAGGUGUCUUUAUUCUUGUUUAGUAGCACUUGAGACAGAUGAUAUGCCAAUAUUACAUUUGUUUUUUAUUUUUGUUUUUCAGUAAUGUCUUUCAAUUACAGUUCCCUGAUCCCAGAAUUCAUUCAAGGUGGUUUCUGUUAAAGCACUGUAGAUCCUUCAGUUUUACUGUUUUGUACAGCGACUUUCUUGAAUAUUCAAGGUGAAAAGCCUCCUACUCUAAAAUGGUACAAAUGUGGGGAAUUUAUGGAACUUUUUAAUGUCCAAAUGUUCCUAAACUUUUAUAUUUCCCCAUCAAGUUUAACAGCUUAUCUGCAGUUGUGAGAGCCACCAGUCUCUGGCUAGCUUGGCUAGGUAGCCAGUUGCUUGUUAACUGGUAGGCUAGCUAUUAUUGUAGCUACCCAAAGUUGCUGGCAAGAUGUGAGUAGUUAAAAUGCUGAAAAUGGCUGCCAUGUGAAUAAGGCUGGUUUAGUUACUUUUAGUAAGAAAGCCACUGGCAGCACACAACUGUUAGUCCAGAUUUAUUUUGUUAUGUUAGUCUUGCUAGCCAAAUAGUUAGUAGCUUGCUAAACGGUAAGCUAGAUAGCUGUUGUUGUUAUUGCCCUUCUCUAAUUAGCAGCAGUUAAGGCUUUAAUCACAGAGGCUUAGAGACCAAUCGGUGACCUAGUAGAGGGGGGGGGGGAAAAUGUGUAGUCCCUGAUCGAUUGGCAAGUGGUUACUGGAGUGUUCUUGCACUUGCUAGCUUCAAUGCAAACCUCCUACCAAUUGUUUUGGUUGCUAGCAGAUUGCCACAGUUGUUUGUAGUUUGUACGGAAGAUGCAAAAAUUGUCUACACUGAUCAACUACACCAAGUGGUAAUGAAACCUUGAAAAGUGUGGUGCCAACUGGAAACAAAGAACGUUUCUUUGUAAGUUUUGCCUUACCACUGAAACCAAUACAUUUCAUAAGGCACAUGUCCUCUGUUUCCAUUAAAAAAAUUUCCAGUUUCACUACCACUCGGUGUUUGGUUAGUGUUUGCAGAUAAGUCGCCAUCUUCCAUGCAGACUGCUGGCAACCAUGGCAAGCUGCAAGUGACUGAAGCAAUCACGAGUCUUUUAGUGCAACACACUCAAUGCAAACACGUUUAUCACUUGCCAACUGAUUAGGAGGAUACGCCUUCAUUCUUAGCAACUGGAGGUUACCAUGCAGUCACUGACCGGUCUUUUUGACUGAGGUACAGGAUGUUAAAAUGAUGAAAAUGGCUGCCAUUUGGUGAGUGUAACUAUGUUUGCUAACCCACACCCAGUAAGAUUGAAGGAAUCUUUUUUUUUUUUUUUUUUUUUUUUAAAGAAUACAUGUUGACAUGUAGUUAUGACACAAAGGUCUUCCAGUGGCUGCUUCAUUAUAUGUAGCAUUUUGGAAAACUUGGUAAGUUUCAGAUUGUGUCAGAAAGUUUUACGACAUCUUCCUUAAUAGACAACAUUGGAAAGUAGCGCAGGUUUUAUCAAGGGCAUGAAGGGACCUGCAGUUGAAGGUGUUACUGAUAGUUUGUACCAAAGACACUAUAAAAUUCAGUCGCUGUAUAUUUGUUUUGUUUUUAUAUAUAUAUCAUAAGGGAUACAAUGCUUGUUGAGGGGUAGAUGUAAAGUGAAAGAUGUAAGAUUUUACAGCAAUGUACUCAUUUUUUGUAGCGGGACUUAGAGUUUUAUGAAUAAAUAUUUAAGUUUGAUUCAA